GUGGGGUUCUUGAACUGGAUGGCCUUGCUAUGCUCAGGUGCAUCUGAGAUUGGUCAAGUGGCUGGAGGCCUCCGGGAUGGGUUUUGCGGUUGCCGAACGUUGAUGAGGAAGGGACACUGGAGGUGUGAUGUCACGGCGUAAACAUUGCCCACCCUAGACGAUAGUACCAAAUGGUGCCAUGCUCUUGAUAAAAGACGGCAGGCGAUAUCGCCAUCCGCUGCCAAUAUGGCGGCCAUUCCUCCGCCGUUCCCUCACGUUUGCUUCUCUUUGACUUCUGCCUAUGCAUACAGCCAUCAGCUCUCGAGCUUUGAAUCCUUCCAACAAUAUAGGACCAAGACCGCCGAGAAACUCAACGCACUUGCCUUGAGUAUCCCACUCCUUCCAACUCGAGUGCAACCCGAUUACACGUCACCACUUCUCUUGCUGCUUCCAUCCCUUCGCGUCAACUUCAUUUGCAGCAAUUCCCCUCGCGACCAGCAUCUACUGCUCCAUCUAUUCACCCACAGAGCCAACCUGCUUGUCGGUAUCCUUCUCCAUAUACAAAGGUAAGUUGACCCCCGAGCGUCUAUUCGCGUAAGAAAGAGCCUCACGCACCUGCCGGGAGAAAUCCGUCUCAGUUUUCGCGGUCCCGCAUCUCCGCAACACCAUGGCUUGCUUACUUAACCUGUCCACUGCGCGACUCCGCGAUAUCAUCGAUUAUCUCGACGGAUCGGCCCCGC